AUGUCCGACGACGAUGGACACGACUUUGGCAAUCUAUUCGGUUCCGGGGAUGAAGCUUCAGAUUUAGAAGGUGAACAAUCAUUAUCACCCUCACCUGGUCCUCAAGCGCGUUCACCGAGUCCUGAAGCCAAUGCUUACGACAGUGACGAACAAAGUGAUAAUGAACGGAAGGCAAGCAAAAGACCCGCAAGACAACUGGAUUCUGAUAAUGACGAGACAAGCGGACGUAACGAUGAUUUCGAUAAUAACGAUGAAGAAGACUACGGAAGCGAUCAGGAUUACGGCACACAAAAGAAACAACGCAUUGAGGUUGAAGUCAGAAUGCCAUCAUUACCUCUUCCUGUAACAUCGGAUGGCAAGUUUUAUCUAGCAAAGGUUCCACGCUUCCUUGAUAUUGAGACAGAGCCAUUCGAUUUGGAACAAAUUCGAGCACAAAAUGAAGGUAGCCUUGGUCAAGGACAAGAUGAACGCGUUUUACAGCAAAUGGAACACACGCUUCGAUGGCGAUUAGGUGUAGACGAUUAUGGUGACACGAUCACAGAAAGUAACACACAUUUUGUCGAAUGGGAGGACGGUACAACAUCGCUUCUUGUUGGAAACCAAUUAUUCGAUGCAACACGGAAAACGCUCGGUAAAGAAGAGCAUACAUAUUUACUUGCUCACCAAACAUCAUCUGGUGUUUUGGAAAGCCAGCUUGAAGUAACCGAUCAAAUGACUUUCCGGCCCUACGAUAUCCACAGCGACACGCACCGACAACUAAGUGGAUCAGUUUCAGAACAAGCCAAAAAGAUUAAGACCAAAAUGUUCUUUACUGAAAAGGAUCCGGAAGCAGUCAGAAAUAGUGUAGAGAAGGAAGAACAAGAGCGUCAAAAAGCACAAAAGAAAUUGGAGAGCCAACGAAAAAGGGCCGAUGAUCGAUACACAACAACAUCACACAGAGUUACUGAUAACUAUGAGUACGAUGAUUUCGUUGACGACGAAGAUGAAGAGGAGGAAGAAGAACAAGAAUACUCAUCGGGCGAAGAAGAAGAGAGAGAGCGAAGGCUCACUCGACUCAAGCGUACAGCAGAUUUCUGA